AUAUGAUUAAUGUCAGAUUACAGAUUAAGGCUGGUUUGGCAUGGGUUGGUAAAUGAAUGAACUUGGUCUGAAUCUUGAUGCUGCUAUAUGUAUGAGUAUAUAAUCUUACUCGCUACUCAUUUAUCAUGCAAUCUUCUGUUUCCCAUAUAAUCAAGGAUGUCAUGUUUUUUGCUUCACAAGCAGAAAUUGGUUGGCAAAGAUAAGCACAUCUGAGAGGUUCAUGAUAGAUUUACCAGAGUUUCUCACCCAAAAGAAGAUAUUGCGUGAAGAAGGCAUCAUAGCUUGCACGAAGAGUGGUCAAGAAGCAUAUGGGGAGGACUGUUACACCAAAAGAUAUAGCAAAAAGAAAGUGAUAAUUCUAGCUGUAGGUUGCCUCGCUUCGGCAUUCAUUAUCGCCUCAUCAAUUUCACUUUAUGCUCUAUUAAAGCGGCCAAUCAGGUCCAGCACAUUGGAUCCUGAUCGGUCUGAUUCUCGGGGUACCAUGUCAUUCCAGAAGGCCUGUAGGACGAGGUUAUUCACAUACAGGGAACUAGAGGAAGCUACAAAAGGAUUUGAAGAAGGGCAGAAAAUCAUUGAUGACAUAAAUGGAAUGAUUCAUGCUGGGGUUCUUGGUGAUGGGUCACAUGUGGCUGUCCAAAAGGUGCAAUGUGAGAAUGAGCGUGACCUCAUGUUGGUUUUGUCUCGGGUUGAGGUCCUGUUUACAGUUGCACACAGGAAUGUGGCCCGCCUCCUAGGAUGCUGUAUCGACUCAGACUAUACACCAUUGGUUGUUUAUGAGUUCUCUGCGAAUGGUAACCUGGAGGAACACCUGCAUCAAGAGGGAGGGCGAAAAAGAUGUCUAGACUGGGACAGGCGGUUGAAAAUUGCUGCAGAAACAGCUAGUGCUCUUGCAUACUUGCAGUGUGAGAUAUCUCCUCCCAUUUACCACCAUUAUCUCAAAUCCAAUUGUAUCUUUCUAGACCAAGAUUAUUCAGUCAAAGUGGCUGGGUUUGGGCUACUAAACUCCAGCAUCAGGGAUGGGUCCUGCUUGGGCCACAAUUUUGAAAGUUCAUAUUUCUCUAGAGGUGAUGUAUAUGACCUUGGAGUGGUUCUGCUGGAGAUAAUAACAGGAUCAAGACAUGUAGAUCUUCCAACAAUGGCUCUGACAAAGAUAAGGAAUGGGAAACUAGAAGAGAUUGUUGAUCCGCUGCUUUAUUAUCAUGAGCAGCCACCAUGUUGUCGGGAACAGAUAGAGAUAGUUGCAGACCUAGUGACACGGUGCUUGUUGUUUGGUGGGGAUGGUAGGCUGGUUAUGGUGGAUGUUGCUCGGGAGUUGGUACACAUCACGAAACAGAACUUGGACGAUAACAAUGGGAGAGUGCCUGCAUUACAGGAAACAUUCUCCAAUUCGAGCCUUCUGCAGAUGAUCUCGAUGUCUCCUGACUCUAUUUAUGCGCCCUGAGAUCAUUUGUUGUUGGGCCGAUCAUCCAGCAACUUUGUGACUUGAUGGAUCAGACAAACAAGCAAGCAAUCGGUCAGCAAUAUGACAGGUCCAUUAGCACCUUCAAAGAGCUAGAGCCAGAGCCAGAGCCCAAAUUAUAGGAAACCAUUCUCAUUAUAAACUAUUGCUAGUAGCCCUCCAUGAUUUAUGAUCUACCUUGUAAUUGUAUUCCACUUCCACAUUUGACCUACAUACGAUGUUAUAAUAGACAGACAGACAGAGACAGAGAAACAGCCAAAAAUUUGCUGGGAUUUUGUUUUGGCCAGAUCUCAGAUUCUCUGGGAGAGUGGAGAGGCAUUAUUAGGAAGGAGUGGAUGAAUUAUCAAUUAA